ACAGCGCCAGUACUUCAGUGUCCACCGAAAGCUUUGUCGAAGCAACGCACCGCAUCCAUUUCCUAGCUCUGGCACACACCACCGCCCUCUGACCAACUGAAUUUAAAUUCGGUUGUCGAGAAUCUCCGAAAUUCUCGGAGGUCUUUUCACAUCCGAAGACACCUCCAUCGUUCGAGAAGACCAACGUCUGCCCUGCAAGCGCAAAGCACUACAGUGGCAUUGCCAAGGCUACAAUUUAUUUGAAGGUUCACAUGACUUUAAGAAGUCUGGUGCUUUCGAGCAAGUUUUACCAACGCCAUAAAAGGAAAUGAAGUGAUCUGGAAAAGCACACAGAGCAACUACACCCCACAGUAGAGUCUCCUGGAAAGUACAUCAUUGCCAGACAUCCUGCCGUUGAAAGCUGAACUGCGAGAACAAAUUCCGGGAAAUAUCGCUGGGAAAUCCCUCGGGGCAGAGUUAAAACGACGGCUGUACGAGUUUCCAAGGGAUGCAUUAAAGAAAAACAAUUCCUAGAAAGUAUACUCUCGCUAAUCGGUGCACCCGAAGCUGUACCGGCGUUUUCAGUGUUGGUCAAGAUACCUGACCGAAGAGACCCGAGUCGAUCACGUGGUCUGUUGGUAGGACAUGGCUGAACUCAAGUCCUUCGACUCAGUGCUCGCCCAAGUGUUGUGGUGAGCACAAGUCUUUCCCUGCAGAAGAGGCUGAAAGACCAUCCUGCAGACCUUGCUCGAGUAUCAUAACGCCCGAGAAGCAACUGUUAACCUUGAUUGCACCAUCGAAUCAUUAGGCCGAGUAGCAACUCCAACAUGCCGACGGCGACGCAGCAGAAGGCGACCCUCAUCUUGGAGGAUGGCAGCGAAUUUCAAGGGAACGUCUUCGGCGCCCCCGUGUCCUUCGCUGGAGAAGUGGUGUUCCAGACGGGCAUGGUGGGGUAUCCCGAGGCAUUAACGGACCCCUCCUAUUGUGGGCAGGUGCUGGUGCUGACGUACCCUCUGAUCGGUAACUACGGCGUGCCCCAGACUAACACGCUCGACCAAUACGGACUCUCAAAAUGGCUGGAAAGCACUCGGAUAUGGGCCGGAGGAUUAAUCGUGGGAGAAGUUUGCUCACAGCCAUCUCACUGGGCUUCAGCCAACACAUUGCAUCAGUGGCUUGUAUCAGAAGGGGUCCCUGGGAUUCAUGGUAUAGACACCCGCUCACUGACGAAAAGAAUUCGUGACCAUGGAUCCAUGCUCGGAAAGAUUGUAGUAGAAGGAGGUGAUAAUCCAGAUUUUGAGGACCCAAACAAAAUUAAUUUGGUUGAUAAAGUUUCUGUUAAGGAGCCGCAAGUUUUCAAUCCAGAAGGAGAAGUCAAGAUUACGGCAGUGGACUGUGGCUUGAAGUAUAAUCAGAUACGCUGUCUUGUUAAGCGCGGUGCUUGUGUCACUAUAGUACCAUGGGACCAUCCUUUAGACCCAACAAAAUAUGAUGGCUUAUUCUUGAGUAAUGGCCCAGGUGAUCCCCAGAUAUGCAGUAAGACUGUUGAACAUAUACGAACUGUAAUGGCCAAUAGCACCAAACCAAUUUUUGGCAUUUGCUUGGGACAUCAGCUGCUCUCAGUGGCUGCAGGUUGCUCUACAUAUAAAAUGAAGUAUGGCAACAGAGGACACAAUCAGCCAUGUGUACAUGCAGGCACUGGUCGUUGCUUCAUUACAUCACAGAAUCAUGGUUAUGCUGUUGAUGUUGCUUCGUUGCCUCAAGAUUGGGCUCCGCUUUUCACUAAUAAGAAUGAUAAUUCAAAUGAAGGCAUUGUCCAUCGGACUCUUCCAUUCUUUAGCGUGCAGUUCCAUCCAGAGCACACAGCUGGCCCCGAAGAUUUGGAAUCGCUGUUUGAUGUUUUUAUUGAGCUAGCUAGCAAAAGUAAUAGAGAUAUAAAUCAAGAAAACUGGGACUUACCUAGCAUUAUCACAAAUCAUCUCACUUACAAACCCAGUCAUGAUGUCCCUCAAGCUGAAAUAGGAAAACUUCCCAAUAAAGUUCUUAUAUUGGGCUCUGGAGGCCUCUCCAUUGGUCAAGCAGGAGAAUUUGACUACUCAGGAUCCCAAGCCAUAAAAGCUAUGAAGGAAGAGGGUGUCGAGUCUGUAUUGCUAAAUCCCAACAUUGCAACGGUGCAGACAAGCAAAGGGCUAGCUGAUAAAGUGUAUUUUCUCCCCAUUACUGCAUCUUAUGUUGAACAAGUUAUCAAAUCUGAACGUCCAGAUGGUGUGUUGUUGACUUUUGGUGGUCAGACUGCUCUUAAUUGUGGUGUGGAGCUUGAGCGUGCAGGUGUAUGGUCAAAAUAUGGAGUGAAGGUCCUUGGUACUCCAAUAGCAUCCAUUGUACGUAGUGAAGAUCGUAGGCUGUUUGCUGAAGUUGUGGCAUCUGUUGGAGAAAGAGUGGCACCAUCAGCAGCAGUGUAUUCUGUAGAAGAGGCUUUGGAGGCUGCAGAACGAAUUGGGUACCCAGUUUUAGCUAGGGCUGCCUAUGCCCUUGGUGGCCUUGGAUCAGGCUUUGCUGAUACAGCGCAAGAAUUGGCCAGUCUUGCUACAUCAGCAUUUGCUCAUUCAAAUCAGCUUAUCAUUGACAAAUCUCUUAAAGGAUGGAAAGAAGUAGAGUAUGAGGUGGUUCGUGAUGCAUAUGAUAACUGCAUUACUGUAUGUAAUAUGGAGAAUGUUGAUCCACUUGGAAUCCACACAGGAGAAAGCUUAGUUGUAGCCCCAUCCCAAACGCUCACAAACAGGGAAUACAAUUUGUUGCGCUCAACAGCAUUGUCUAUCAUCAGGCGACUUGGAGUUGUUGGAGAAUGUAAUAUUCAGUAUGCUUUGAAUCCUGCCUCUGAGGAGUAUUAUAUCAUUGAGGUAAAUGCCCGCUUAUCAAGAUCAUCUGCCUUGGCUUCUAAAGCAACAGGAUACCCUUUGGCAUAUGUUGCUGCAAAAUUAGCUCUUGGCAAGUCUUUGCCAGAUCUCACAAACUCUGUAACAGCGUCAACUACAGCCUGUUUUGAACCAUCUUUAGAUUACUGCGUUGUUAAGGUUCCUCGAUGGGAUCUGUCCAAGUUCAAUCGAGUUUCAACAAAGAUUGGGAGCUCUAUGAAGAGUGUAGGUGAAGUGAUGGGUAUUGGUCGCAAUUUUGAAGAAGCCCUCCAGAAAGCUUUAAGGAUGGUUGAUGAAGCACUUGGUGGAUUUGAUCCAUACAUAAGCGAAGCUGAUGAGAAGGAGUUGCAGCAGCCAACAGAUAAACGCAUGCUGGUGUUAGCUGCAGCCCUAAAAAAAGGUUGGGAAGUUGAUAAACUGUAUGAACUGACAAGGAUUGACAAAUGGUUUUUGUAUAAAAUGAAGAAUAUCACUAAUAUGUAUGACCUCUUGGAAAACCACAGUGAUGAAGAUCUCUCAGAGUCAAUACUCCUUCAAGCUAAACAGUUAGGAUUUUCUGAUAAGCAAAUUGCUAAAGCUGUCCAGUGUACAGAACUUGCUGUUCGUGCACUAAGAGAUAAACACAGUAUACUGCCAGUGGUUAAGCAAGUUGAUACAGUAUCAGCAGAGUGGCCAGCAGUAACUAAUUACCUGUAUUUGACUUAUUCUGGCAAGGAUCAUGAUUUAUCAUUCCCUCCAGGAGCCACUAUAGUUAUUGGCUCUGGCGUUUACAGGAUUGGGUCAUCUGUUGAGUUUGAUUGGUGUGCUGUACAGUGUCUGCGUAAACUUCGUAAACUUGGGCACAGAACGGUCAUGGUGAAUUACAAUCCAGAGACUGUUUCAACUGACUAUGAUAUGUGUGAUCGUCUUUAUUUUGAUGAAAUUUCAUUUGAGGUUGUGAUGGAUAUCUACAACCUUGAGAAUCCUAAGGGUGUGAUCCUGAGUAUGGGUGGCCAGCUCCCAAACAAUAUUGCUUUAGACCUUCAUAGACAGAAAGCUCGUAUUCUAGGAACUUCUCCUGAAUCUAUUGAUGGUGCCGAGAAUCGAUUUAAGUUCUCUCGCAUGUUGGACCGCAUUGGUAUUUCACAACCACAAUGGAAAGAAUUAACUAACUUGAAGUCAGCACAGGCCUUCUGUGAAGAAGUAGGGUUUCCAUGUUUAGUCAGACCCUCAUAUGUUCUGUCUGGAGCAGCUAUGAAUGUGGCUCAUUCUCACCAAGAUUUGGAGACUUACCUUAAUCAAGCUGCUGCUGUGUCUAAGGAGCAUCCAGUUGUAAUUUCCAAAUUCAUUUUGGAAGCCAAGGAAAUAGAUGUGGAUGCAGUGGCAUCAGAUGGUGAACUGAUUUGUAUGGCAGUUAGUGAACAUGUUGAAAAUGCAGGUGUUCACUCAGGAGAUGCAACUCUGGUCACUCCACCUCAGGAUCUCAACUCGGAGACUUUAGCCAAGAUAACCUCCAUAUGUGCAGCCAUUGCAAGGGCACUAGAAGUUAAUGGACCCUUCAACAUGCAGUUGAUUGCUAAGGAUAAUCAUCUUAAAGUGAUAGAAACUAACCUACGAGUAUCCCGCUCCUUCCCGUUUGUUAGCAAAACUUUAGAUUAUGACUUUGUGGCAUGCGCUACCCAAGUGAUUGUAGGUGAAAAAGUGGCACCAGUCAAUGUGUUAAGAGGCUGUGGGCGAGUUGGAGUGAAAGUGCCACAAUUCAGUUUUUCAAGACUUGCAGGUGCUGAUGUCAUGCUGGGUGUAGAAAUGGCAUCAACAGGCGAAGUAGCUUGUUUCGGAGAGAAUCGUUAUGAAGCAUAUCUGAAGGCUAUGAUAUCAACUGGAUUUGUCAUACCACAGCGAUCUAUACUUUUAUCCAUUGGGAGCUAUAAGCACAAGAAUGAGCUCCUGCCAGCUGUAAGAACUCUGAGUCAGAUGGGAUAUAAGCUUUAUGCAUCUCUAGGUACUGCUGAUUUCUAUUCAACCCAUGGUAUACAGAUUGAACCAGUUGAGUGGGCUUAUGAAAACAUUGUGGAAACAGCCAGCAAAGGACAGCUUUCUUCCAUGGCUGAUUACUUGGCUAGAAAGGGACUCAUCUACAGCAUAAGGGAAUUUGACUUAGUGAUCAAUCUACCAAUGAGAGGUGGAGGAUCAAGGCGAGUGUCUUCGUUCAUGACGCACGGGUAUCGCACUAGGCGCAUGGCUGUCGACUUCUCAGUUCCUCUGGUGACAGACGUGAAAUGCGCCAAACUGCUCGUUGAGGCUCUGCGUCUGAUCGGAGGUGCUCCUGAUUUGAAAACUCAUGUGGACUGUGUGACAUCACGAAGAAUUGUGAAGCUCCCUGGUCUCAUUGAUGUACACGUUCAUGUGAGAGAGCCUGGUGCAACGCAUAAAGAGGACUGGGCAUCAUGUACGGCAGCGGCGCUUGCUGGAGGUGUAACUUUGAUUUGUGCGAUGCCCAACACCCAGCCUCCUGUUACUGACCUUGCUGCUUUAACAUACACAAAGGAGCUUGCAAGUCGGGGAGCACGCUGUGAUUAUGCUAUCUUCGUGGGAGCAUCUUGUGAUAACUACAGCUCCUUAGCUCAGCUAGCUCCUAGAGUCGCUGCACUGAAGAUGUACUUAAAUGAGACAUUCACAACCUUGCGUCUGGAUGAUACAACCACUUGGUUGAAGCACUUGGAGUCGUGGCCUAGUCACUUACCUGUGUGCGUACAUGCUGAGGGCCGUACUACAGCAGCUGCACUCAUGAUGGCUCAGCUUGCAGGAAGACCUCUUCAUGUUUGUCACAUCGCUCGCAAGGAAGAAAUUCUCCUGAUUCGCGCAGCCAAGGCUAAAGGAGUCCCAGUAACAUGUGAAGUAUGUCCACAUCACUUGUUCCUGACAUGUGAUGAUUUAGAUGAACUGGGUCCAAAGGGAGAAGUCAGACCAAGACUUGUCACGAAAGAAGACCAGGAUGCUCUGUGGGAAAAUUUAGAUGUCAUAGAUUGUUUUGCAACUGAUCAUGAAAAUUCUGAUUUAGAGGAUUUUAAACAAUGUGCCCCUCACACUUUAGAGGAAAAAAUGGGGCUUAAAGCUCCUCCAGGAUUCCCUGGUUUGGAGACAAUGCUACCUCUGUUACUAACAGCCGUGACUCAGGGUAAACUGUCAAUGGAGGAUUUGAUCAACAAACUUCAUCAUAACCCAAGAAGAAUCUUCCACCUUCCACGUCAACCUAGGACAUACAUUGAAGUUGAUUUAGAUGCACAAUGGACUAUACCUGAUAAACCACCAUUUAGCAAAGCUCAGUGGACACCUUUUGCUGGCAUGAAAGUGACUGGUCGUGUUCAGAGAGUAGUGCUGCGUGGAGAGGUAGCAUAUGUUGAUGGACAGGUGUUACUUUCCCCUGGUUUUGGAGAAGAUGUUCGGGAGACUCAGCCCCUUACUCCAGCUCCAUCCAGUGCUACUAGUGUUCCUCCAGUCUUCCCAAGUCCCCUACCCCCUCACAGUAUUGCACUUUCUCAAAAUCAACAGAACUCUCAGGGUUAUGGUCACAAAAUGCUCAAUGGAGAGAUCUCAACUCCUGUUGAACCUGCCGUACCAUCAUCUACCUUAACAACUCCAUUGCUUAACUCUCCUUCCAGAAAGCCAGGAAUGAACCUGGAUCAAAACACAGAACUUUAUAGUGAGGUAUUAAUGGAUCUAGGUGUACGAGAAAAUUCAGAGAGGAAGAGCAGAUCUGCCUCAAGAAUCAGAGGAAGAGAUUCCUCACCAGCCCGUCCCUUACCUGUUAUACCAUCAGGAUUGCCAGGUGUCACUACAUCUCAUGGCCUUCAGGGCCAGCAUCUUCUAAGUGUGCAAGGACUAAACAAAGACCAACUGCACAAUAUAUUUAACUUGGCACAAACAUUCCGUGUAUGUAUCAACAAGGAGCGCCCUCUGGAACAUAUUUUGAAGGCUGGAACCCAAAAGUUGUUAGAGGGUAAAUUAAUGGCUCUGAUGUUCUACGAAGUCUCGACUCGGACACAUUGCAGUUUCCAGGCAGCUUUUCAACGUUUAGGUGGGCGUGUUAUUACCAUGGACACUAACACCUCAUCUGUUAAAAAAGGAGAAACAUUAGAAGAUUCUGUGAUGAUGAUGGCUGGAUAUGCUGAUGUUGUAGUUCUUAGGCAUCCAGAGCCUGGUGCUGUAGCUCGAGCAAGUGCAGUUAGCCCACGCCCUGUUAUCAAUGCCGGUGAUGGUGUUGGAGAACACCCAACUCAAGCCUUGUUAGAUGUGUUUGCCAUUCGUGAGGAAAUUGGAACAGUUAAUGGACUCAUAAUUACCAUGGUUGGAGAUCUAAAACAUGGUAGAACUGUCCACUCCCUUGCCCGGCUAUUAACACUUUAUAAUGUGCAAUUACGGUAUGUAGCACCGCCUGGACUUGGGAUGCCAGACUACAUCACUCAGUAUGCAGCAUCACAAGGAAUUCAUCAGGAAGAAUUUAGUAGUUUGGAAGCUGCUUUACCUGACACAGAUGUUUUAUACAUGACAAGGAUACAAAAAGAGAGAUUUGCCACUGUUGAAGAUUAUGAAAGGGCGUGUGGUCAUUUCAUAGUAACACCACAUCUGAUGACCCAUGCAAAGCGGCGCAUGAUAGUCCUUCAUCCUCUGCCCAGGAACCAGGAGAUUUCACCAGAGUUUGAUACUGAUCCUAGGGCUGCAUACUUCCGUCAAGCAGAAGGGGGGAUGUAUGUAAGAAUGGCACUCCUUGCCAUGAUUCUUGGGAAAUGUUAAUAGUAUUAGGCACUGAUGAGCUUUCCUUUGUUGUGAUAGUUGUGAUAUACACACAAAUAUAAUGUAUAUUAUACUCUCAUAUCAUUA